GAUCCAAAUGGAAAAUACAAGUGUUAUAUGCCAGACUGUGACUGGAAAGGAGCGUACAGGUCUCUUCGAUGUGACCACAUGAGAUGGUGCCAUAAGGACUGGGUCAUGCCUCCACGAUACAUCUUACAGCGUAUCACGAAGGACGGCAUCUAUAUCGAUCCGAAGACAUUUGUACCACCGUUUUCCUGCCCUGUUGAAGGGUGCGAGUGGAGAGGGAGCUAUAGAGCUUCUCGUUCACAACAUAUUAAAAGUGCUCACCCAUGUUAUGUACCUCCUAAGAAAAAAGCGCCAAUUGGAGGAUAUGUGGCUGAUGGCAAAUAUUUAUGCCAUAUACCACAGUGUACAUGGCGCGGUAUUUCUCGAUCAACACGUGCUAGCCAUAUGAGAAAAGUUCAUGGCGGAUUUGCAAAUCCAGCUUACUCCACGCGGCAAGUAAGCUCAAAUAUAAUAAUUCAAUGGGUUGAUGGGCGUUUAACAGUGAUCGGGUGUGUUGAGCACACUGGACAUCGUAUGGGUACAGCGCUGUUAAGACUGAGCACCAAUGAACGAGUAGUUUUAGAUGAAUAUCUCUACGUAGUGGACGAUAAGGUCCCAUUAGACGCUAUGCUAGAUCGUAUUCGAGGUGAGAUCGCUGAAUGGCAUCUGUUAUCCGAGUGGGCAACAAGGCUAGAUGAGAUGGUCUCUAAUCGUGUGGAUCGUUUUGCCAUCAUUUGUGCAUUAAGAAGAUGGACCCGGUACCUCAUCGACAUGUUUGAGGCGUUUCGAGAAAUGGAACUAAAUUCUUUAGCACAACUUGUUGAUUCACAGCUGACCGAUCCAGAAUUUGCUAAACGUUGGACGCCACUGAAUCGAAAUCCUCUCACGGACCAUAGCAAUCCUGUCCUUGAAAUAUCUUGCAGAAUAUUCCGGGAACGCUUCCUCAACUGUGAGUUAUGCGCACGAUUAGAUGAGUACGCUGGACUUCUGGUUGAAAGAAUCGCUGAGUUCAAUGCUUUAAUGGUUGGUCAUUCAACAAUUCACAAUUUUGAAUUGCUGUUUACUCACAUCUAUGAGGAUAUGUAA